AGAAAAAAAAAUCGAUGGUGUUUGUUAGUAAACAGAGUAGCCGGUGUUCGGUCGCCGUAGCGAAACCCGUUGUUGCUUGCUGUGAAAAGUUUAGUUUCACAUUUCUGCUGUUCGGACUGUUACACCAGUACAGACGUUCGUUUGUGUGUCGUCUCAAUCUUCAUCUGGUUUUAUGAUUAGCUUCGAUCAGAUCUUGCAACGUACGUACUACGAUAGAUGCAACAAUGCACAUGCAUUUGUAUGUAGUCAAACCAUGUGCAAUACGUGGUUAUACAUUGGCAGCCAUUCCCUGAGAAAGAGCGAUUGAGACAUGAUGCUCAAAUUAGUGCGAAAAAAUGUAAACAAUCCAACGUCAACCGGUUUGUUGGUAGGCAAUCGCGGUGCAGGUUGUGCUACGAAAUGGCCCGUGCCGAGUCUAAAUUUUACAAUCGUUGCCGAUUCUGCUUUAAUCAGGACGAGGAUAAGUUGAUGCCCUUGUCGAUAACACUGGACGCGACGCUAACGAUCUUGGAUGUAGAGCAUUUUACGGGGCUUAAUUUGUGCCACUAGUUGCAGGAUUUAGAUCGCGAAGACAAACCUUUCAUGGUGUGUGAGGGAUGUGACCGGCAUGUUAAUGUAAGUGUCGCGUUUCGAAACACUUGCCGUAGGAACGACGCGUUUUUCAAACAGGACCCGUGUAAUGAAUCUGCUGAAGAUGACGACGAUAAGGAUGAAGCAAUGGACACAUUUGCCGGGCCAGCUUCGGAGGUGAGCAUAUCGGCGGACGAGACCGCCCCAGAGAAGGACGUCUUUGGCGAUGAGGAUACAGCAGAGAAUCACGAUAUAGAUGAAGAAUCAUCGGACGAUUUUACAUGGCCAGAAGCUCCCUCGCCAAAGGUAGAAAAGAUCGUUCGUCGAAGGCUGCCAAAAACAGAAUCCACUUCCCGACGAAAAAAGACAAUACACAGGAGAUGGCUUUGUACUAUUUGUGGUUUGUUCAUGACAAAUUACACCAAACAUAUGCAAAGGCAUAUUGAUCCAACUCCGUUUGCGUGCCCGCACUGUGAUAAGAAAAUGAGUGACUCUGCAAAUAUGAAGCGCCACAUUGAUGCCGUGCAUUUGAAAAUAGUCGUUGCAACGUGUGAAGAAUGUAAUUUGCCAUUCUAUGUAAAACCGGAAUAUAAAUGGCAUAUGGUGCGCGUGCAUGGUCAAGGGGACAUGACACCGCGUUAUAAAUGCCAGUUUUGCCCGAAGGCGUUUUAUUUCCAUACCCGCAUGCGAGUGCACAUUGAACAGAGGCACUACGAACAUCGAAACUACGUGUGUAAAAUUUGUGGCACGCGAUUUAAAACAAACAAUGCUCUUCUCGUACACAAGAAAAUACAUUCGUCUGAAGCGCACUACCAGUGCCGUAUCCCAAUGUGUUCGAGGCGAUUCAGGAGCGCGAACGGUCGCAAACAGCACGAAAUGACACACAGCGGCAUCAUUUUCGGAUGCGACCAGUGCGACAAGCAGUAUCGUAGCAGUGGGUUGCUUAAAGCACACGUGAGAAAAUGCCAUCCAAAUCCAUUGAAGGAAGAAGGUAGUGCAUGAAUAAAACGGAAGAGGUGUUUUCGAUGAUCAAAAA